GUCCGCUGCCGAAACACGUGUUCGUGCAGAAGCUGCUGCGUGUGUGCCACGAGGCGGGUGAGAAGCUGGUGGUGUUCAGUCAGAGCCUCAAGGUGCUGGACGACGUGCAGGACAUGUUGACCCGCCAGCUGGGCUACGAGCGCGGGCAGCAGUUCCACCGCAUUGACGGCCGGGUGGCGGCGGAGCGGCGGCAGGAGCUCAUCACCGCUUUCAACCGCCGGGAGGCGUCCAGGGUGUUCCUGGUUUCCUCGCGCGCCGGCUCGCUGGGCAUCAACCUGACCACCGCCUUCCGCAUGGUCAUAUUCGAUGUGCCCUGGAACCCCGUCUUCAACGCGCAGGCCAUCGCCCGCAUCUACCGGUUCGGUCAGGUGCGCCCCACCUUCGUGUACCGCCUGCUGUACGCCGCCACGCUGGAGGAGCUGGUGUACGACAACAACGUGCAGAAGGAGGAGCUGUUCAGCAGGGUGGUGGACAAGAAGGCAGUUCGCAAGGCCCACGAGGCGACUGCGGAGCGCUGGACCUACACCGCCCCCGUGCGCCUGCAGCCCGAGGUGGCGCGGCUAUGGCUGCGGGGGCUGGCGGACCCCUCCUCGCGGGUGGCGGCGGCGAUGAUACAAGCCAUGGCGGUGGAUGCAGCAGCAGGAGGGGGUGGUGGCGGAGGUGGAGGGGGCAGAGGGGCGUCUGCGGCCGCAGCGGCGGCGGCGAUGAGGGCGGCGGUGACGGCGGCGGCGGCAGCGGAGGGAGGCGGCGGAGAUGGAGGCUCGGGAGGAGGAGCGGGAGGAGGACUAGCGGACACCCGGGACCAGGCGCUCAUGGCGCUUGCGGAUGACCCCGAGAUCCUGGCCCCGCUGGUGCACGCCUACUACCACAAGUCCAAGCUGCCACCCGACCCGUUGGGGGCCCUAACCCAGGAGGACCUCCACGUCGCCCGCCAGCAGUACCACGCGGAGGCCGCCCAGCGCACCGGAGACGGCUCCCGGCGGCUCCGUCGCCUCCGCCGCAUCCAGCCCUCAGCCGCAGAGGCACCUGCCGCCGCUGCCGCCGCCGCAGCAGCAGCCGCAGCAGCCGGCAUGAUGGGUGGUGCUUCUCGGCAUGUGGCGGGUGAGGAGGAUGACAUCGACCCCGCGCUGCUGGACCUCACCCCGGAGGAGCUGCUGGCGACCAACCUGAUUCGGGAGGAGGCGCGGCGCCGCUCGGCUGCAGCUGCUGCGCUGAUGGAUGCUGGGGCGGCUGCUCGUGCUGCUGCUGCUGCUGCUGCUGCUGCUGCUGGUGGUGGUGAUACGGGAGCAGCAACAGCAGCAGCGGGGGCAGCGGGGGCGCCCUCCGCGGCCCCCAGCAGCAGCUCCGGGCCUCCCCGGGUUCCCGGACUGGGCAUGCUGGGCGGUGUGGUGCAGUACGGCUCCCACCUGGUGACAUCGCUGUACAAACGACACGGAGGCGGACAGGCCGGCGGGCAGCAACAGCCACAACAACCGCAACAGCCGCAACAGCAGCAGGCAGGACGGGGCAGUGCUGCUGCUGCUGCGGCGGCGGCGGCACAGGGUGGCUCGGCUACCGGUAGUGGUUCCGCGACUCGAGGAGCUCGGAAUGGAAGCGGCGAGGGUGACCGCGAUCGCGACCGUGGCGGCGGCAUCUCCCGGCGUGGCAGUGCUGCCGCGGAGCAGGGGGGAGCGAUGAGCGGCGGCGGCCCUUCCGCAGCAGCAGCUGGUGCAGCCGCUGCAUGCCACUCAGCUGCUAGCGGCGCUGCCCAGGUAUCGAGGCCCGAACAACACCCAUGGCCAGACCACAGCGCAGCCCCAGCCGCAAGCGCAGCCACCGCUUCGUAUGCCUCCGCCGCUGCCGCGUUCCGAAUCCAACCGGCCGCAGCAGCAGCCGGAGCGUACGCAGCAGCAGCUUGAGCAGGAGCAGCGCUCCGAGGCAUCUCGGCAGCAGGCGGCGCAAGAGAUGGCACAGCACCGCGCGGAGAGCCUGGCGAAACGCCGCUCGCAGUUGCAGCAGCUGGAUGCGUUACGACAGCAGGAGGAGCAGCGGGCGCGAGAGCAGGCGCAGGCGGAGAGAGAAAGGGAGCAGCGGGAGCAAGCCGAGAUGCAGGAACGUCGGCGGCAUCAGCAAGAGGUUGAGAGGAGCAUAGCGCUGCAGAGGGCCCUUAUGCGGCAGCAAGAGAAGCUUCAACAGCAGCUGCUGCUGCAGCAGCAAGAGCGGCACCAGCAACAGCAACAACAGCCGCCGCCGCAGCGGCAGGAGGUCAUGCAAGGAUUGGCGCAGCGCAGGGGGCAGCAAGCGGCUCACAACGGGCCACAGGCGGAGCAGCAACACCAGCAGCAGCAGCCGCAGCAGCAGCACCUUGCACAGCUGCAACAGCAUUUAGAGGAGCUGAUGAGGCAGGAUCAAGAGCCACAAAGGUUGUCUUCCCUGGCGAGGAGCGCAGAAGCAGCACAAGACCAAGCUCAGCUGCUGCCCAAGCGCCGCAGGUUGGAUGGACAAGUCGCUAGGGGCCUUCAAGCCGAUGCUGUUGCCGGUCCGACCCCGGGACGAGCUGAGCAGCAGCAGCAACACCAGCAGCAGAACUCUCCAGGCGUGCAGCCGCAGCGGCCUUCCGGGCCUUCUGCUGCCGUUGCUAUAGGAGGCAGUCGGGGCGGGGGAGGACUAGGCGCCUCCUCCCCAGCUGCUGCUGCUGCGGGGGUGCCGCUGCCUCGCCGGGCGCCUCAGCCGAGGUCCGCAGCCCUUUCGUCCUCUCCCUCUCCCUCAGCAGCAGCAGCAGCAGCAGCGGGACCCCUCCGUCCAGCCGCCCCGAGUGCGGGUGCGGGUGCGGGCGUGAGCACCGCUUCGGCAGGCGCCGGGAUGGGCGGGGGUCCUGGCGGUACGAGUGCAGGGCCGGUGCCGGGCGGGGGACAGCGCACUGCUGCUCCGGCAGCGGCUCCCCAGCAGCAGCAGCAGCCUCCCGCGAAAGGCGCGGGGGGCCGGCAGGAGGUGAUCGAGCUGCUGGAGGAUGACGACUGAGCUGCGGCGGGUGUGGAGCUGGGGUGGGGUGGUCGUGGUGGUUUUAUGGAAUGGAGGCGGUAUGUACAUCACAGGUGCAGGGUAGGCGUUUCCAUGGUGUGCUGACGAACGAGCCGAGAGGGUCCGUAAGGGCGGAGUUAGAGGGGGUCAAAGACAAACUAACCCGUUUUGACAAGGGGGUUAAGGUCUGCCUGAAUGCAUGUACGACUGGUAUGUCAGGGUAUCGGGCAACGCUGAGGUGUGGGAUGCGGCCGUUUGCGGUUUCAGUUGUCAUGGCUUUUGGCCUCAGUUGUCGUAGCAGAUGCUGGUCGAGCUUGUUGCAACAUGGUGCGCACGGAACGCAUGCAGACCGGCCUUCUCUUAACAGGCAGACAGGAGCGCAGCUAGCCACCUGACUGCCUUCAAAGCCGACCACGCGCGGGGGCGGCUGCAUGCACACGCACGUAACGUAACGCCGUUACGCGGCUCUGUGAAUGCUUCAAAACACUACGGACACGACAUACAACCGCUACACCAUCGGGCUUAGCCAUGGCAUGGUCUCAGGAAAGGAAGUGUGCAGUGCAAUGCGGAAAGGCAGCGACAUAGGUGUUCAUGUAAUGUAUUGACAUGUUGAAGGCAGUUCUGAACGUGAGACGUUGCAUUGCGAAGGGGUAAGCGUUGCACAGCUGUGCGGUAUGUACGUGAGAGGACGACUGUAGGACGACUUCCUAACAUCCAAUAGUCUGCCAGCUGGCGUUUGAUGUAUAGCUAAGGCGCGCUUUUGAAACGCUGUUGUUGUUGCAAGCGUGCCCUGCUCCACACACGACACUUAGGGAGGUGCUGAAGGGCGCGUCGUGGACAGGGUUCAGGACGUCUCACGGCAAUAAUGGGUUGGAAAGGAGCUGCGGGAGGGAUGCGAAGUGGCGGG